AUGAACACAACUGCACAAUAUAGUCCUGUCAAGGACGGCCGGCGGAUCCUGGGUGAAAAAGACUCCAACGCGUGUCUCUCCCCCGCGCCACAGGCCAAACAGUCAUUCCCAGUCACAGGAACACCCGUGAAACGAAUGUCAACAAUGCUGUCUCCCAAGAAGCUCCUCCCCUCUCCCAUAUUUGCAGGCCAAAAACGGACAAGAGACCAAGUGGACGAGGCCGGAGAGAACAUCGGACACGUGCAUGCACGGGGGUUCUCUCCGCAGCGCGCCCCCUCCGCUGCCCAGGAGGAUAUGCAAUGCCAGCUCAGAAAAACACCCGACGCGAUGGACAUCCAAACACCACAAAACUCCCAACCCGAACGUGACCAGACACAAGACCAAAUGGAAACAUACCAAGCACCUGUCAUGCCUCAUACCCCCGAGGAAGAAACGCGUAACGUCCCCGAAGACCCAGACGCGCGCAAAAUGUUCAUCCAAGAAAAAGCAAGCCUCCUACGAAACAGACUACAAAGUGCAAUGCGCAAUGUGACAGACCACCAAUUCGACCGACGCGUCUCCGAGCUAGAAGCCCAUAGUCGGAAAUGCCCGCGCCUUUCCCUCUCCGUCCUUUCCACACCCCCACUCUCAUCCCGCAAACAGUUCACAUCGUCUCAAAUGAAGACACCCAGAGUUGCUUCUUCUGGAUUCAGUUCGACUCCUUCACAUGAUACGCCGGAUCUCCCAGCUCGACCGUCACUUUUGUCUUCGAGCGUUCCCCAACACCGCGCUAAGAGUCAUGGCCAACAUACUCCCCCCAAUGCCCUUGGCUCACCGAUGCAGCUGAGUAGUCCUCCUGCUACGGUGAUUCGUCGUGAGAGGGAGCGGGAGUCGAGCAUGGGACCGAGAGCGGAGCUUGGGAUUGAGAAUGUCAUGACGCCGUCACAGCGGGGUGAUGCUGUCGAUGGGCUGCUCAAGCUGAUGAGCACGACGGAUCGGAAUCACAGUUCGGAUUCUUGGACCGGAUGA